UAGGAAAGAAAGAUUUCUUCAAAUCAAAAAGCACACAUCCAUUACUGCAAGAGCCUUUGUUACAGUAUUCUCUCUCUCUCUCUCUCUGCAGUCCUUGAAGCUUCUCCCUUCAUUUUGAAUCAGGAGAGAGAAAGCGAGGAAAGAGAGAGAAAGAAAGGUCAGGAGAAGGUCUGAGGGGGGUUCUGCAGGUUUGAUAAAAAGUUUGUGGGGGCUUUCCGUCUGGGCUUUGGAGAAGUGGGUUCUUUGAGUUCAAGGAAUUAGGAUUACUGUGGUUGAGUUUCUGGUAUACCGUUGCAGAAAUAAGGAAGAAAACCAUUUCUAAUGGCGCCCAAGGCGUUCAAUUAUGGCACAAGAAUAUACACUUUGGCCAUGGUUUAUGGACUCUGGGGCUUAUUGUACAAAAUCAGAAAAUGUUGGAAGGGGAAAACAGGAGGGCAAGAAGCGAUAUUAAGGGCCAUGGAAGGGGGUAAUAACAUUCCUGCGAAUUAUCAGGCUGAUUCAGGCGACAUUCUGAAAACUUAUCCGGCAAGUCCAGUGGUUGGCGACAUUCUACAUACUUCUCCGGCGACUCUGCCUGAUCCUCCAGUUACUUCUCCGGCAAGUCCAGUGGUUGGCGACAUUCUCGACACUUCUCCGGCGACUCUGCCUGAUCCUACAGUUACUUAUCCGGCAAGUCCAGUGGUUGGCGACAUUCUCGAUACUUCUCCGGCGACUCUGCCUGAUCCUCCAGUUACUUCUCCGGCAAGUCCAGUGGUUGGCGACGUUCUCGAUACUUUUCCGGCGACUCUGCCUGAUUCUCCAGGUACUUAUCAGGAGUGGGGCCAACAGUGCCCUCAGAUCAGUUCCCUUCCACGUAUUCAGAGUUUUGAUGACGUGUCGAACCUUUUAGCCUUUUUUGACGGGGAGGGUGCUGACUUUUCCCAGGCUCGUCCAUCUCACUUGUCCAGUCAUCAGGCGGCCAUGGGGAGCCUAGGGCCUAGGGUCAUAUCAGCAGGUGACUCGGCUUCCACGUCAGCAAUACAGGACCCCGAGGUCCAGCAAGUCGAGGGGCCCAUCGCCAGGUCAGAAGGUGGCUCAGGUCAUGAAUAAGGAUAUGUGGAGCUCGCCUAUGGAUUGACAUGUCAUUGUUCCGGUUAGUCCACGUCAGUUUUGGGGGACCACGUUGGGCAAGACAAGUUUUGGGUUAGGUGUGUGGCUUUUGUUUUUUAGGGGCUC